GCUGAGUGGCGAGCUGAAAGCGCCGCACCGCUUUUCCAGCUCUUCCUUCCGCACUGCGAUUCCGUUAGGAGACGGUCCUCUUUGCGGACACGUAUUUAAGCCCAACACCUGGACUGGAGCUUUUCGACGGGACACGGAAACGUGUUUAAAAGGAGUCUCGUGCAAACGACAAAUGCACGAGACCCGAGGCCGGUGCCCCCAGACCCGACGGGGAGGGAGACAAGCAGAGCAGUGAUGGGACAGUUUUCGGGAGGAUGCUACCUGAGUUUUUCCAUCUUUGUGCUUCUUGUUUCACAAGUACCGGCGACAUUUGCAAGAGGUCCACGAGGUGAAGCCCUCCAGCAUGGACAGUCUGGGACCCUGCCCCACUUCCUGGAGGAGCCUGUUGAUGCCUACAUUGUCAAAAGUAAUCCCAUCAAGCUCCGUUGUCAAGCUCGACCUGCGCUCCAAAUCUUCUUCAAGUGUAACGGCGAAUGGGUCCACCAGAGCCAGCACAUGUCUCGAGAGCACACUGACCUCACAACAGGUUUGAAGAUCCGUGAGGUGAUGAUCAACGUGUCACGUCAGCAGGUGGAGGACUUUCAUGGCCCAGAGGACUACUGGUGUUUGUGUGUCGCCUGGAGUCACCUGGGAACCUCCAAGAGCCGCAAGGCAACAGUCCGGAUUGCCUACCUGCGGAAGAACUUUGAGCAGGACCCCCAAGGCACUGAGGUGCCUCUGAAUGGCAUGAUUGUGUUGCAUUGUCGUCCCCCAGAGGGAGUGCCUGUGGCUGAGGUGGAGUGGCUAAAAAAUGAGGAAUCACUGAGCUUUGAUGAUGAUGAUGAUGUCAUUGAUAAAAGAGGUGACCACAACCUUAUCAUCUCAGAAGCUCGGUUGUCUGACUCCGGAAACUAUACCUGUGUUGCUAGCAACAUUGUGGCCAAGAGACGCAGUGCCACUGCUACUGUUAUAGUCUAUGUGAAUGGUGGUUGGUCAUCAUGGACGGACUGGUCUCCCUGUAAUGUGCGUUGUGGUCGAGGUGUGCAGAAGCGUUCUCGCACUUGCACAAAUCCAGCACCUCUCAAUGGAGGAGCCUUCUGUGAGGGCAUGUCGGUGCAGAAGAGUACCUGCAACACAGUAUGUCCAGUGGAUGGUGGCUGGGGAGAGUGGAGCGAGUGGUCAGUGUGUAGUUUGGACUGCGAGAGGCAGCGCAGCAGAGAGUGUACAGCUCCGGAGCCCAAGCAUGGGGGACGGCUGUGUGACGGGGUGGCGUUGGCUACAGACAACUGCACAGGCGGCCUCUGUACACAGAAUCGAAAGUUGCUACAUGAUGCUAAACCACAAGGUGUGGAGAACAGCAGUGACGUUGCCCUGUAUUCAGGCCUGGCUGCAGGGGUGGUGACAGUCGUGCCCAUCAUCGCUGUCACUCUUUACCGACAGCAGAGUGAGUAUGGUGUGGAUGUCAUUGACUCCUCCGCCCUCACCGGAGGCUUUCAGUCCUUCAGCUUCAAGACCUCUCGUCAAGCAAAUCCUCUGCUUAUUAAUUCAUCCAUGCAACCUGAUCUGACAGUGUCACGUACCUACACCAGCCCCAUGUGUUUUCAGGACUCCAUUGACAAGGAGCUAAUGGCUGAGCGCUCACUCCUUGACCCAUUGCCUGAUCUUAAGGUUAAAGGGGUGACAGAAAGGGCAGAGUACCACGUCAUGUCCCACCCCCAGACAUUUCCAAGGGGCCUGGCUCCAGACUAUAGAGGGGUUGCAGUGGGGACAACACUGGGCAGAAGAAGCAAAAACCUUUUCAGUCCACACAUCUCUCUGACUCCACGCCUGCCUCUGCACAGAGCAACUGCAGUGUUUGGCCAUGCUGGAGGCAGGCUCAUGGUACCCAACACAGGUAUCAGCCUGCUGGUGCCUCACGGGGGGAUUGCAGAAGACACUACCUGGGAGAUGUACAUGAGCAUCAACCAGGAGGACAGCAGUGCUGUGUCUGAGGAUGGGCCAGAGAUCUUUUUGAGCCCUGCAGUGGCAUACGGCCCACCAGGCCUCGAUCUCUCCUAUCCAAUAGCCAUGACCAUAGCCCAUUGUGCGGAAGUUGCUGCUGAUAACUGGACCAUCCGGUUAAAGAGACACAUCCAAGACAACAAGUGGGAGGAAGUGAUGUCUGUAGACGAGGAGAGCAUCUCCUGUUACUGUCUGCUGGAGGCCCAGAAGUGCCAUGUGCUGUUGGAGCAUCCAGGUCGCUACGCUCUGGUGGGGGAGCCGCUGAACCAGGAGGCAGCCAAGCGUCUGAGGCUGGCUGUGUUUGGUAGUCCGGAUGCCGGCAACUCUCUGGGCUUCACCCUCAGGGUUUACUGUGUGGAUGACACACCCCAUGCAUUUCAGGAGGUGGCAGUGGGCGAGCGCAAGGGCGGACGGCUGCUGGAGGAGCCUAAAAUGAUGCUGUUUAAGGCGAACACCUUCAGCCUCCAGGUAUCCAUCCAGGACGUCCCACAGUUACUCUGGAGCAUCAAGCCUUUCACCACCUGCCAGGAGUUCUCCUUUUCUCAGGUGUGGGCCAGUAACCAGCGUCCCCUGCAGUGUGCCUUCACAUUAGAGCGAUACAGCCACUCUUUGUCUCAGCUCUCGUGCAAGAUCAGCAUCCGACAGGUCACAGGCAAGGAGCAGAUACUCCAGGUCUACACGUCUGUAGUGGAGAAUGAAAAGGAAGUGGUUCCCUUUUUCACACAGUCGGACUGUACCAUCACCUCCCAGACAGGGUCAAGGGCCUUUAAAAUCCCCCUGUCCAUCCGUCAGCGGAUCAGCGCCACCUUUGACACUGCGAAUGCCAACGGGAAGGACUGGCAGCUCUUGGCUCAAAAGCUCCACAUAGACAGGAAUCUGUGCUACUUUGCAUGUCAGGAGAGCCCAUCAUCAGUCAUUCUGACUCUGUGGGGCCAGCACCAGGAAUCGGGUGACCUGGACUCUCUGGCCAGUGCCCUCGAGGAAAUCGGCAAAGUUCUCCCUCGGGCAGCCACUCUCAGCUGCAGCACAGAGGAACAGGACUCUGAUUCACAAAACUGGGCGUAGAGGCGGCUCUGCAUCAGAUGAAAUGAAUGAACCUUUACUGCAUGAACACUUAUGUUCAGGUGUAGUAAGUAACCUACGGUGAGGUGGAGAGAUGCACAGAGGCCAGCAAGGGCAACUUAAUUCUUGACUGUUACUAAAGGAACACCUCUGCUAAACCAAAUGAAUCAUAGAGGCAGAAGGAAAUCAGGAAAUGACGAAGAGAUGUGUUAUUGUGAGGCACCAACAAACUUUGGAAAGGCAUACAACAUUGCCACACACACAGAUCUCUUACUGAGAAAUGUCAACUUCUGACACUUCGGGAGAACCAAUUGAUACGCUGUGUUAAGGAUUACAGAUGUCUGUGAAAGGAAGAUGAAGUGUGUUUUAAACAAACUGCCGCUGUGACCCUUCCAGGAUUGGAUGUGCUUGUACUUGCCCUCAAACAGUCCACUGGGCUGUCAAAUGUUUAGUGUAAUGUCAUCAUUUUCUUAUGUCACUGACGCCUCAUGCGUUUUUGUUUUUUUGUUUUUUUUUUUUCCUUUUCUGCACAUGUUUCUUCUGCUGAAGUUUUUAAAAACACAGACAAGAAAUGAAUAUUGGGCUCUUAAUUUUUGUCAGAACAUCCGAUCAUAAUGUGAGACGAGAGACGCAGAGUGUCCACAGUGAUUAGUAUAUGAAAGGACUUGGUGUCACAUGCUAAGAUUGAAUUGAUUGAUUGGGGAUUUAUGAGAAAUGACUUCCUAAAUGCUUUGACCCUGACAUGAAUCUGUCAGAGCAGAGACUUUAGAGGAGGAUAACUCACCUGGCUGAUCUGUGCAGCCAGAGGUGCAUCCCCAAAGGAAAAUUAAUGUUUUAGUGUGAGACAAGUGAACUUUAUAGGGACAUUUUAUAUAUCCUGGAAUUGCUGGAACUGGUAAGGAAGUGUGUACUUUAAAAAAAAAAAAAAGCCAGAGGCAUAUUUUUUCUUGAUUUUCAAAUUCAAAUAUGAAAAUUAAAAAUAUGACUUCUUGGCUGGAGCUCCCUGCCUUUGGACGAUCAAAUGCUAGGACGUGGUUAUUCAGAGACACUUAGCCAGCUCUCACUCCCUCUCUCCUGUCUUAUCUUCCUGAGCAGAGGCAGCAUCCACUUGAAAAAAGAGAUCCUGAUCAGGAAGAUUCCUACAUUCAGUUGCUCUGGCUGC